AUGGCACAGAAAGCAGCAAAAUCUCUCGCCGCCCGUAACGCAGCAACCCUAAACCGCACACACCUCAUCACCCUCGCCCUACACGCCUUAUUCCUAACGCUAAACUUCCUCUUCAACCGACCCAGCGCUCUCACCCGCUAUUUCCUUCUAAGUCUCCCCGCGCUCGCGAUCGAGUUCUACCUGGAACGACUCGGCCGUCCCCGCUACAGCCCCCAGGAUGGAUCACUAAAAUCCGCGGGCGAGGACCUAGGGGCAAAAGGUUUGACGGAGUUCAUGUGGGAUGUGAACUAUUGGACAUGGGGAUGUAUUGGUGCUGCGUGCGUUUUUGGGGAUAGGGCUUGGUGGUUGUACCUUGCUGUGCCGGUGUAUUCGGGUUAUUUGGCCUGGACGACGUUCUUUGGGAUGAAGAAGGGACUGGCUGGCUUGGGKGGUGCCGGGAGUGAGGAUGUGAGUGGUAGUGGUGUCGGUGCGAGUAAGAGGCAGCAGAAAAUGGAGAAGCGUGGUGGUCGUGUGCAAUACCGGUAA